CGUUUCAGAGUUUGUUUUGUAUGCUGUUGGUUGGUCCUGGCAGCCGGAUCGUUGGAUGAAUCGGUUGGCUAAGCGUGAAGGUUUGUUGAAGCUUGCAGCUCGGCAUAAAACCGAAACACUUUUUGCUAUGUGAAAGGGUCUCCUAUCCUGUAAUGGACUCAAAGGUGGAUAAGUCUGGAACUGAAUGCGAUUGAAGCUCUGUAUCUGGGAGUCUCGAGGGCUCUAUUUAUGUUCUUACAGAGGCUCUCAUGUCGACAUUUCUGCCCGCACGCUGCUGAUCAAUGGUCUCUAUGCGUGAUGCUUAUCGUCUAUGCCUACUCAUCACAAUAUUUCGCAUCACUUCUCCGAGAUACUCCGCACGGUUGGCCACCAUGUACUCGGAUGGUGGAGACACAAGAUUUUCACGGCAUUUCUCUUGGGACUGCAUCAAUCACUGGUCGAAAUGUAGCUGCAUGUAUCCUGCUACAUUGGCCGUUGUGGCAAUGGCUGUCUCGAAAAUGUCUAUUGAAGGUCUGGAAAUUUUCUCAUUCGCCAGAAUUACCCUGGCAUCCUUGGGAUUAAGCUGCUGCUGCCUUGGACAUUGGGCUGUUUCCCCCCUCUUGUCCAUCUGCUUGCACUUUGCAGGAAUCCAUUUUUUAGAUGAAUUCCCAUAUCCACUUACUGAACCACAGAUCAUGCAUCGUUGGGUUUCUGAUGCCAGCUGUCAUGUCGUCUUACACAUUAGAGACUUCCGGCCAGGGGCAACCUUGCAUCCGAGACGCCUGUGCUUUGCAUCCUUUCCAUAGUUCCUUGUUUUGGAUAUCGAUGCUGUCUCUCCCGCCCUCAUGCAAUCACUCGUCGGCAAACCAAUCAAUCUAGACUUAGUGAUGCUGUGUCCAUUGUUUGGGUCAGGCAUCCAAGGGUGAUUGAGCUCCACCAGGAUCUACGCACGUUCCCUAUCCAUUGCUUUUUCUCUUUUCUU